ACUAAAACAGUUGAGGAGUGAGGAGUGAGGAGUGAGGACUGACGAGAGAGUCCGAGGCGAGGGUAAGAGACUAAGAGCAGCUGGUCUCCCUUGGUGUCGGUUGUGGUGGCGAUCAGAUUCAGUUGGCAUCAAAUUGAUUUAUUAACUGUAAGCAAAAACAUGAAUAUCUGCUCAAGAGCUGCUUUGGCGAAGUUUGCAAUUGUAACUAUAAUUGCAAUUUUAUGCGGCCUUGGGUUGGGGAUGGGUGCGGCGGAGACGCAGGAGGCAACGAUAUUUGACAUCAGCCACAGAUACGUGGCGGAGAUGCCAUCGUGGGAGUCAUCGGAGGGAGUGGGGCAGUUUGUGUGGCUUCAGCAGAGCAUGAAGAACGGGUCCCUCUCCAACGGCUCCCUUAUGAAGCUCCCCACUCACACUGGCACCCACGUCGACGCUCCAGGUCACGUCUUCGAUCACUACUUUCAUGCUGGCUUUGACGUCGACACUCUCGAUCUGCACCUUCUCAAUGGCCCUGCUCUCUUGCUUGAUGUUCCCAGGGAUCAAAACAUCACCGCUCAAGUUAUGAACUCAUUAAAUAUACCACGCGGUGUACGUCGUGUGCUCUUCCGUACAUUAAAUACCGACAGGAGGCUUAUGUUUCAGAAGGAGUUCGACACAAGCUAUGUCGGAUUCAUGGUGGAUGGAGCAACUUGGCUUGUGGAGAACACGGACAUCAAACUUGUUGGAAUUGACUAUCUAUCUGUUGCUGCAUUUGAUCACUUGAUCCCAUCUCACCUGGUUUUUCUAGAAGGCAGGGAAAUCAUUCUGGUGGAAGGCCUGAAACUUGAUGAUGUCCCUGCUGGAAUAUAUUCACUGCAUUGCUUACCACUUAGGUUGGCUGGUGCUGAGGGAUCACCAAUACGGUGCAUUCUGAUCAAAUAAUAUGGAAACAGUGCAUACUGCAUACCCAAAUGCCAGGAGAUGUUGAUCAUCUUUGGUGUAUGUUUGGAGUACGAUGGGUGCAGCAACUUUAGUAGCAUUACAUCAGUUGUAGUUUUCUUAGACAUGAGUAGGUUCAAAAUGCAAUAAAAGCUCAGAAAUGUCUAUAUUGAGAAAAAUAGUAUUAACGAUUUGUGUCAAGGUGUUACAAUCUUAUUUGGCUUUAAUAUAUAGAAACAUGCAAUGGCAAUCCUUGUACAGUUC